AUAUUCAGAACGGGGUCGACGUUUGUACACGUGCUCGAGUUUUGUGCUAGGCGCGCUCAUGUCGAAUUCGUCCCCUUGCAUUUGAAGUCCUUUCAACUUCAUCUGGUUAAAUCUCGAGUACAUGGAAGCCGCAACGACGACACUAUCAUCGACCUAGAUCACGGUCUCAAAAGUCGACGAUUAGGCCAGCGCAACAUUGACGAGAGUCGGCAUGACACGGGGUGAUGACGGCAGCAAGCGCCAGAGCCGGAGCAUAGAAUAGGGUUAGGACGCUGUCUGCGCUAUUUAUACCCUCUCGCCAUCGCUAUCGCAUCUCUCCUUCCCUUUCUCUCCUCCAUUGCACAACCCCCGCAGACGAUGACCUCCCUGACCGAGUCAGAGGCCAACACCCGGCCCAUCCAGACGAUCACCGCUACCAACCUCCCCGCACACUCCCAGGAUGCUGGCUCAGUGACCAGCGCACUCAGAGCGCUCGUCGAGCACUCUGUUGAGCACGCCGACGUUCGCUACGGCAUCCAUGCAGAAAUGCACAAGAUACAGGACAACCCACUCGUGCACAAGCUCAUUCCCGGCAUCGAGAAGUUCGCGUCCGAGCACCAUGUCGGCAAUUUCGUGAUAGACAGGAAGAACGGCACGCGCUUUUUCGAGAGCAUGCCCAUCUACCCGCGUCUGGGCAUGCAUCUGCUGUUCUAUGGCGGUGAGCAGAAGAAGCUGCUGCAGAGCCGGGAUAUCGAGUCGGUCCUCGAGGAGCUGUCCAUUCGGCAAGGCAAGAUCUACGACUCACCCGAGUCCGUCAAGUCCAUUCCUUCCUUCAUCGCCACUUACUCCAUCAGCACCGACGAACUCCUCCAGCCUGAUGUAAGCAGGUACUCCUGCUUUAACGACUUUUUUCACCGUCGACUGAAGCCCGGCGCUCGUCCGGUGCAGAAUGCCGACGUGCCUGGCGCGGUGUGCUCAGCCGCCGACUCCAGACUCGUUGUCUACCCGACCAUAGACCUCGCGCGUAAGUUCUGGAUCAAAGGCACACACUUUACGGUUCCACACCUACUCGGCGUGCCGCCCGAGUCGGAGGAGGCGCGCGCAUUCGAGGGUGGCAGCCUCGCGAGCUUCCGGCUCGCGCCGGCAGAUUACCACCGGUUCCACAGUCCGAUCGACGGGACCAUCGGAGAUGCGCGUGAGAUCAAAGGAGAAUACUACACUGUGAACCCCCAAGCGGUGAACGAGCCGGGAUUUGAUGUGUUCACUGCGAACCAUCGUGCGGUGCUGCAUAUGACACAUGCUGCGAGCGGGAAGCCGGUCGCGUUUGUUGCGAUUGGUGCGAUGUUGGUAGGCUCCAUCCGCUUCACCUGUCCCCCACAGGGCGGAUCCGUCUCCCGCGGUGACGAGCUAGGCUACUUCGCAUACGGGGGCAGCACAGUGGUCGUGCUCUUCCCGCCUGGCUUGAUUGAGUUCGAUCAGGACCUGCAGCACUUUAGCGCGGUGCCUGUCGAGGCAUACAUCAAGGUCGGGGAGAGCGUCGGCAGGACGGUGCAGUGAACGUUGAUGAGUGCGUCGAGUGCAAGGCAGGAUGGAUCGAGAAAAACCCGUCCAGCGGAUAUGGUAUCCGGAGGAUACCGCAUGUAACACACGUGAGUGGGAGCGGACAGACUGGCAGAACAGCCGGGAUGGAGGCGCUAACGAAAGAACUAUGGUUACCUUGCUCAUGUGGCGGUAUACCAACUGAUAGGCGUUACCUCGCGUGCUAUGUAUACCUAGCUCUUGUAUCGAUGAACUCCAAUAAUAUGGUAUGCUUGUACUCUCACGCGGG